AAGACCCAUCGCGAUCGAGAAGCCGGGUGGGAGAAGGCAAUCGAGAUGCUAAGCUUUGCGGGGAAGAGGCUGUUAGGGUUAGGGCAUCGGGUCUCGGCCGCCGCCGUGGCGGGGCGGGGUUACCACGAGAGGGUGGUGGACCACUACGACAACCCCCGGAACGUCGGGUCCUUCGACAAGAACGACCCGUCGGUGGGGACGGGGCUUGUGGGCGCGCCGGCCUGCGGCGACGUGAUGAAGCUCCAGAUCAGGGUGGAUGAGGAGUCCGGGAAGAUCGUCGACGCCUGCUUUAAGACCUUCGGCUGCGGCUCCGCCAUCGCCUCCUCAUCUGUCGCUACUGAAUGGGUGAAAGGGAAGAAAAUGGAAGAAGUGCUAUCCAUUAAGAACACGGAAAUCGCAAAGCAUCUUUCGCUUCCCCCAGUGAAGCUCCAUUGCAGCAUGCUUGCCGAAGAUGCAAUUAAGGCGGCAGUAAAAGACUACGAAGCAAAGAAGGCCAAAGAAGGAAAUGCCGAUGCCGCCGCCCAAGCUGAGAAAGCGUAGCAGACCUGAAAAUAUUUGCUGAAAGAUGCGAGCUAAUGCAGACAGCCAUCCUUUCUAUUUUCACCUCUCGGCUUUUACGUACCCACAAUAAUAGCCGAUGAUAGCGUUGGAGUCCGUGCGUGUCUCCUGUACAUGUAAAUCGCAAAACCAAUGUGCUAGUGCAAGCACUUUAGCUUGUGAUAGUUAUGCGAGGUUUAUUAUGGAGUA